AAGGUUAUUGGAACAUUGUAUUUGUAUGAUAAGGGAAAGAGAUUCUAAUUAAGGAAUCAAAAAGAUUCACGAGAAGGCAGUUGUCAGUAAGACCAAAAACCGCCUUUAACCAUUCAACUCAUACUAUUUCCUUUACAAAAUUAGAUUAUACUCAAUCUCUCUCUCACUCUUUAAUUACAUUUACACUACAAAAUCAACUCCAUUAACCACCAUAACCAUGGCCACUCCUCCCCCGAACUCCGUCCCAAUCGCCUACCAAGCUUACACCUCCGCCGCCGUUCCCGACUGGUUAAACAAAGGUGACAACGCAUGGCAAAUGAUCUCCGCCACUCUCGUCGGCCUCCAAAGCGUCCCUGGCCUCGUAAUCCUUUAUGGAAGCAUUGUAAAGAAAAAAUGGGCAGUGAAUUCAGCUUUCAUGGCCCUUUAUGCCUUCGCCGCCGUCGUUCUUUGUUGGGUGAUUUGGGCUUACAAAAUGUCCUUUGGCGAUAAGCUCUUGCCGUUCUGGGGCAAAGCAGGUCCUGCCUUGGGACAAAAGUUUCUCAUCAAACAAGCCGCUUUGCCUGAGACUACUCAGUAUCACGAUGAUGGUUCAGUUGAAACGGCCAUGGCCACACCGUUUUAUCCGAUGGCUUCAAUGGUUUGGUUUCAGUGUGUGUUUGCUGCCAUUACGUUGAUUUUAUUGGCGGGAUCGGUGCUUGGGCGGAUGAAUAUAAAGGCAUGGAUGGCUUUUGUGCCGCUUUGGCUAACGUUUUCUUUCACGGUUGGGGCGUUCAGUCUUUGGGGGGGCGGGUUCUUGUUUCAUUGGGGUGUGAUGGAUUAUUCUGGUGGUUAUGUUAUUCAUCUUUCUUCAGGAGUUGCUGGCAUAACAACUGCUUUCUGGGUGGGUCCGAGAUCAACCAAGGACAGGGAAAGAUUUCUACCAAACAGUGUACUAUUGGUGUUAGCGGGGGCGGGGUUGCUAUGGAUGGGAUGGGCAGGAUUCAACGGCGGAGAUCCAUACUCAGCCAAUAUUGACUCAUCUUUGGCCGUCCUAAACACCAACAUAUGCGCAGCAACAAGUCUUCUUGUGUGGACUUGGCUUGAUGUCAUUUUCUUCAAGCAACCUUCUGUUAUUGGUGCCGUUCAGGGCAUGAUCACUGGCCUCGUUUGUAUUACACCUGGUGCAGGUCUUGUUCAAGGAUGGGCAGCUAUAGUAAUGGGAAUAUUGUCAGGAAGUGUGCCUUGGUUCACCAUGAUGAUAAUACACAAAAGAUGGACACUUCAUCAGAAGAUUGACGACACACUUGGUGUUUUCCAUACCCACGCCGUUGCUGGCCUUCUUGGUGGCUUGUUAACCGGCCUCUUUGCUGAACCAACACUAUGCUCUCUCUUUUUACCGGUUUCAAACUCAAGAGGCGCCGUCUAUGGAGGCUCGGGAGGAAUCCAAUUCCUCAAACAACUAGCAGGAGCUGCCUUUAUCAUCGGUUGGAAUGUUGUUGUUACAUCUAUUAUUUGUGUGCUCAUAAACUUAGUCAUUCCAUUGCGAAUGGCCGAGGAGCAAUUGUUGAUUGGAGAUGAUGCUGUGCAUGGUGAAGAGGCUUAUGCUCUGUGGGGUGAUGGAGAGAUUUAUGAUUCAACAAAGCAUGGCAUGCACUCUGAUGAUACAUUGCAUCCAAAGACUACUUCAACUGGUGCUACUCAGGUGGUUUAAUUACAACACGUGUGCUUAAAUUUACUCAUAGAAUGAGUUUGUAAAUUUAGUUCACUUCUUGCAUGUUUGAAUGGUUUCUUGAUUUGACUUCCUUUG